AUGGCGGACGAAGGUACUGAUAAUAUUUGGAAAAGGAAAUUUCUGACGCUUGAAAGUCGCGUGAAACUUGUUGAAUUGGUUAGUUUGCAGUCGCUUUUUGUUUUUUCAUGUUCUGUUCUUUGUUAAAACCCGUUUAGUUUCCAGCAUAAUGGAAAAAAGCAUGAAGAUUUUGCCUCAUAAAAUGAGAAAUAUGUUGUUUUGAAUUGUGCAGGAAAAUCAAAAAAUUGUGAACAGAAUUUAUCAUGUACGAAAGCAUUUGAAGAGAUCUAGACGGGAGAGAAGGUUUGUUGUUUUUCUUUGCUCUGAGCAAUGCGUGAAUUAUGUAUUGAAUACCAUGACAAAAUGAAUAUUUUUAAAAAUAUGUUGGGUAUGCCUUGCUUGACAUUUUCAAGUCUCUGGGUCCAUGAGUGGCUCUCAGAGUGUGUUUUCUGUUGUGCAUGUGGAAGAUUGCAUUUUUUAUUUCAAAAGCUAGAUCAUAGGAUCUUGCAAAAAAUACAGUCUGAAGUGGAGCAUUUUCAUCCAAUUUAUUCUUCAAUCAUUGAUUCUACCUUUUUGUGGAACAAGUUCCCUUCCUAAAACUAGCCUGCAUGGCAGGCGGUAUUUCUACGGGCAGCGAAAAUUAGGGAAGCAAAGGAAAUACCGUCUGCCGCAAAACUAGGGGUUUUUGAAUUACCCGUCCGCUGGUGAACGGGAAAAACGGAUUGGUUAGUAUUUUUAUGUAGUUGUCAAUCAACGGCUAAAUUCGGUUAAAUGUUAAUCAUUAACCAAAUGUUUUGACGUUUUGAAACUCUGCGUUUUGAAAUUAGUUCACGUCAAGUCAGACCAGAAAUGGAAUAACAUAAUAAAAGAAGCAAAUUAAAAGAUACAAGCUGAAAAAUAACACUCUAAAUAGUGUUAUUGAUAGAGAUUCGAACAAGAAUAUUUAACAAAGAAGAUACGUCCGAAGGGGCCGAAGUUAUGAUCGGCGAAAGGUAUGGGCUAGUCUAUAUUUUUGUUCAGACAAUUACAUGCGUAUUAAUUUGAUAAUAUACUAUCUCGCUUGACUUUCAAAGGCCAUAAAUCGCAAUAAUGUUGACAUUUUACUAAAACUAUCGAUAGAAAUUAGGAGAUAUUUCUUCACUGAAUCGAACAUUCGAACAGUGGGAUUUCCAUGUAGGCCUAUCAGUCAUGUUCUGAACCAAAGAUACUUGAUAGAUAUUAUAUACGAACCUCCAAAGUAUAAACAAGGGGCCGGUUGAUGCAGUAAUUAUCAAAUAACAGUUAAACUCUUAUAUACCCGUUGAAUAUGUAUAGUUGUAAACAAAUAAAAACUAUCGUUCUAUAAGGUUCAAUACUUUUAGUUUGGUUGUUGACUGAUGAUGAAUCUAUGGAUAGUAUAUACUUGCAUGCUUUGUAUUUUGAGCUUAUUAAACCACCGUUUUAAGGCAGCUAAACGGCUAAACGGGCUUGGUUUAUAUUAACACAUAAAAUAAAUUCCUUAAUUCUCAUCACUAGACACAGUCUACACUUUGAAAUGUCGAAGACAGUGGGAGAUUUAUUUUUUAUAUUUUAUAUUUAUAUAAUUUAUAUAUCAAUAGUUCGUAUCUCCACGAACAAUGACAGAAGACUGAGUUUCUUUAAAAUAGAAUGAAAUUUCACUCAAAAUUCUGUUUGUUUCAAAUUGGAAGUUUAAAAUGGCAAUUAAAACUCUAUAUAAAAUAUGAAAAAAAUUAACUGUCUUGAAUUAUUUUGUCGGGCGGUACAUUUAUAUUGUAUAACGAAAAAUAAAACGUUUUCACGAGGAUUUUAAAAUUCAGUCGGGCGGUGAUGAGAAUCAAGGAAUUUAUUUUGGCAGCGUUUACACUGUACCGUUUUCGUAGCGUUCUCGUAUUGUUCUUAAUCCUCAAGGGAACGCAAGACAAUAGUCUAUAGUUCUCUCGAACAAUACGAGAACGCUACGAAAACGGUACAGUGUAAACGCUGCCUAUAUGUUGGGCAGUUGGGACUUGGGAGCAGCUUGGGCAUUUUGAAUAUUUACUUAAUUAAUGCAUCUAUAAAUAGCGUGAUGCUUCAGGGGCGGUAGUUCAUUUACACCCAGUUUUGCGGCAGGCGGUAUUUCCUACGUACCGCCUGCCAUGCAGGCUAUCCUAAAACUAGAAUUUAGAUUUUUGUUCAUGUUUUUAAUCCUUAGCUAUCUAGUGAAGAAGUGUGGAGAAAAUGGUAUUGACUAUGAAAAAGGACAACCACAGUAUAUGGUAUAAAACCAGUAUUUUUUUUAUUAACACUUACUAGAAAGCUGUGGAUUGAUAUGCAGGGGUGGAAAAAGUAGACGAGCACUGCUCACAGGAAAUGUUAAACAGCUGCAGGAAAUUCGUUUGAAUGAAGAUUUGCUAUUGAAAAUUUGAAGGAAACCUUAACACCCAUGUCCCACUAUAUGGGCGCAACAACAUAUGGUUGACAAACAUAUUUAUUCCUUGAAUUUAAAACCAUGGUCAGCUAGAACACUAUAUGUUUAUACACAUGCAGAUUUAGCACAAAAAUACUCCGUUAGUCUACAGGAAAUGUUUGUCUCCAGGUUGUGCUCCCAGGAAAAAAAUCUUUUUUCCUGCCCUGAAAAAUACUACCACCUGAAAUAUACAAAACAUCAAUAUUUCAAGCAAAGACUCUUUGUCUCAGUGAAGGGCCUUGUCUCACUUCUCAGUGAAAUGUUCGAGUUUCUAACACUUAACUAUUCUACUAUCUCAGGCCCAAAUGCUUGCAGAUAUCAAUGCUGCUUAUGAAGACACUCGCUCGCAGUUCAAGAAAUCUGCUGGUCUGACAAAGAAAGGCAAGGGUCGAGCACGUCACAAGUUAGAUCCAGAUGCGCCAAAGAAACCAGCGAAUGCAUUUUUUAUGUACUGUCAACAACAACGAAACUCAAUGCACGGUGAGCCGAAGGAAUCCACUGUCGGCCAUCACGAGUUGACAAAACAUCUUGCGAAGGAAUGGAAGACUUUGGGAGCUGAGAGACAGAAGGUCAGAGCCAGUUCUAGCCUCAUCUGCAAGGCAGGGUGCAGGUUUUCCAUGGGGUGGUGCAUGAGGGAGCCUUACCGCCCACUCUCCUCUGCAACACUGCUAUCCCAACAUUACCAUUGAGAUAGCCGAAUCUGCAUGUUCGUCUUUUUGUUACGUUUUACAUUAUCUUUUGUUUAUAAAGUUUAUAUCAGCUUUUUAUCACAUAUGUGUGACUGGACAGUUGCUGUAGCACAGUACAGUAAAUUUUCUUGUUAAAAUAUAGUAUAUUUUAAAAUAUGGCUGUAUAACAACCUCGACAUGUUUACAUAUUUAACCAUGAUAUUUAACUAAAGCAUUCUGAGUAUUUUCUUGUGAGCUUACAGUCUACAGAUCAAUUAAAUUGUUUCAAGAAAUCGACAUGCACUGCAUGCGUAAAACGCUGAGCCUUCUGUUUAACAGGACUGAACAUGUUGCUGCCCAUGUUGUUCACACUUGUCAACAAUAUUGAACAAUAUUGUUGAGCCUGAAUUGGGUGUAACAAUAUUGUUCAAUGUUGUUGACAACUAUGAACAAUGUGGGCAGCAAAACAUUGUUCAAUCCUGUUUUCAACAACCUGAUGCCAUGUAAUAGUAGCAGGCUGUUAAUCACUAUUCAAAAAGCAGCAAAUGUACAUAUGGUGAAGCAGUUAUUUUAGGGUGAUGCUGUACUUCUCUAUGGGGGCUAGACACCACUAGGGGGUACGCACUCCCCCCCGCCCCCACGGUAGGUCCGCCUCUGUUUGAAAUUGUUAAAUAUUUAGUAUUUUCAAUGUGGUACUUAUUUGAGGGUAUUAUUAAUUCUUGCAGGUUUACUACAAGAUGUAUGAAAAAGACAAAGCUCGCUACGAAAAAGAAAUGAAACAAUAUGCAAAAGAAAAGCUUCCUAAAGAACCAACAAAACUUCUCAAAAUGAAAAAACCAAAGAGCAAGAAAACACCAAAAGCGACGGAACAUCAUACAAAAAGCUCCCCAGAUCAAGUAGAUUCAGCACAAACAUCAACAGCAAUGGACACAGGUUCUCUGGUGACUGAGUCACCAACAUCGCAGUUUAAUCUUUUAAACAAUCUACCCUUUGCCAACCUACCUUCACCAAUGGUAGAUAUUGGCGGAGAUAAUGACGACGAUUCCUUUCAUAGUUUCGGUUAUAACACUGUGUAG